ACAAAUGUCAUCUGCUGUCUAUCGUCGUGUCACGAAAUCAGAGAAAAUAAACACUUUUCCCGAAUUUUUAAUAGUAAAAUAAUAAAAAUCAUUCGCGAAAAUGGUGUCUAGAAGUUUAACUGAAGUGUUUGUGUUGAUGCGUAACAAUGCUAUACACAGCCGGCACAUAUUUGCAGAUCAGCACAAUGAUUCGGAGAGGGUGCGUCUCAUGCGGAGUAACUCCCACGACUUGGAGUCAGGGUUGGAGAUGAGGUCAGACUCCCACGCACCUCCUCCCUGGACUGAUGCAUUAGAGGAAGCACACUAUGUUAUCACUAGGUUAAGAACAAAGUUAUCAGAGCUACAGUCUCGCCAUGAGAAGCAGAUUCGACGUCCGUCGCUGGACGACACGACUGAGCAACAGCACAUACAGCGCCUCACCGCGGAGAUUGGGCGACACUUCACACAUGCGCACACGCACCUCACCGCUAUCAAAGCGCAAAUACGACACGGUAACCCCACGGAACAGAAGUUAGCGACGAACGUAGUGUUAGCACUGGUCACCAUACUCCAGGACCUGAGCGUCACAUUCCGCACAGCGCAGUCAACAUACCUGAAAUCGCUUACCUCACGGGAGGAACGCUCAAACGCCUACUUCGAACUGCCAAACUUUGAAGAGCUUAGCCUGGACGACAACGAACUCCUCCCAGGUUUGUCCAACAACCAAACAGACCUACUUUUUUCACUCCCCAGCACUUCUGGCACACAGAAGUUCGACGACAACGAUGACUUCUCAAGACCAGCUCUUAACCAAAAACAACUUCUACUAAUGCAAGAAGAAAAUACAAGAGUUGUAGCAGAGAGAGAAGAAGAAGUGAACAAAAUAGUUCGUUCUAUAGUGGACUUGAAUGAUAUAUUCAAAGACUUAGCACAUAUGGUACAUGAGCAAGGUACGGUGCUGGAUAGGAUAGACUACAAUAUAGAACAGACUCAAGUUCAAGUGCAUGAAGGGUACAAGCAGCUGCAGAAGGCUGAGAGGUACCAGCGGUCCAACAGGAAGAUGCACUGCAUCCUCAUUCUAGGAGUCACAAUCAUAGUCUUAGUAAUCCUCCUCAUUAUUGUCAAGAGUUAGUUGGGGAGAUAGAAGCAGGAAUUGCCUUAUUUUACGUAGUCGAUUGGCCUUAUGGUUGGCCGUGGAUAAAAAAUUAUCGCUUAUUGUCCAGAAUUGGACUGAAGUAUUGUUUUUUCAGUUCUUGAAAGCGGAUAAUGAACAGUGAGCUAGAAAGAGAUAAUUCACUAAGUCGACUUGGUACAGCAUUGUUUUACAAAUCGUGUGGUAUUGGCCUGUAUGAUCAUUGAAAGCUACAUGUUAAAGAAAAUGCUCUAUCGAGAUGAUGGAAGUAAAUUAUCCCCUCUUCAUAAAAUCCAGUGUACUUAGGUUUCUACACAUAACUAGGUUACUGGAAGUCGAC